AUGUUCUCGUCCCCGUCUUAUCUAUAUAAUUGGACGAGGCAAUGCAUGGUGGAAAUUUUUUUUGUCGCUAUCUCAAUGUCAUCAAAGUAUGAAAGUACACAUCUAGGCCUUUCCCCUCCCUCCCUCACUCUUUCUCUUUGUUUGUCUGACACUGAUCCUGAAAUUUUCACUACGAAGAUGGGGCGGGGAAGAAAUACUAAGGUGAACAUGAAGGAAAAAUCUGAAUCUUCUUCAUUGGGCAAUUUUAGUGUACGUGCUAGGAAUCUAAGAAGUCAUGAACUAGGUGCAGUUAUAUUUGGUUGUAAGCAUCACACAAUGGAUGAAUGCCUAAGUUUACCGUCAACACAUUUCUCUUAUGUGAAGAAUGUCAGCACUGGCUUACCGCUUUUUCUCUUCAACUAUAGUGAUCGGACACUCCAUGGUAUCUUUGAGGCUGCAGGCCAUGGACAGAUGAAUAUCAACCCGAAUGCAUGGAUUGCUGAUGAGGGAACUCAAAGGACAGCCUAUCCUGCGCAGGUGCAAGUCAGUGUCCGAAAGAAGUGCCAGCCUCUGUUUGAAGAUAAAUUCGGACCAGUAAUUGGUCAUAAUUACUACGAAGGGCGGCUCUUCUGGUUUGAGUUAGACAAAGGACAGACAAGGAAAUUGAUCGAGCUAUUCUCCUCUUCACCAAUCCCUCAAAAUGUUCCUCGUACACCAACUAGUCAUAUCUGCCAUGCGUUGCCCUCCGGUGUUUUAGCCAAGCCAGCUGACAGAAUCGACAAUCCAGUCUUAGAAGACGUAAUUGGUCAUUUGAAUCACCUAAAUCUGCAUUGCGUUUCGCGUGAUGAGGUUUCAAGAGUGACUGAUGCAAUCUGUAUAGAGAACACCAACAAGAAGUGGAGCGAUUUGUUUAAAUCUUGA